AUGCUGAUACUAGCAGUCUUACUGGUUGCCAAAUUGACAGUAGCCCAGGAUUUUUCCGGUUAUAAUGGAAUUUCAAAUGACAACAGUUCAGAUAUUCAACUGGAAUACGUUUUGCUAAAUGAAGAAAACCCAUGCAACAGAAAAUGCAUUAAGGGUGCACCACCAAUGGUAUGCCGAUUCACUUUUAACGUCGAAUGGUACACGACUUUGUCCAAAGCAUGCUACGAUUGCCCAUAUAAUUACGAAGAUUGCUUUCGAUUGGAUUGUAUACCAGCUGAUGGGUUCCAAAGGCCUGUUUUGGUAGUUAAUAGAAAAAUGCCUGGUACAGCCAUCGAGGUUUGUGAAGGUGAUCAAGUCAUUGUGGAUGUCGUAAAUAUGUUGAACAGUGAAACAACCACCAUUCAUUGGCAUGGAUUGCACCAGAAGAGCAACCCGUACAUGGAUGGGGUACCAUAUAUUUCGCAAUGUCCCAUUAUGCCCAUGUCGACUUUUCGAUACGAGUUUGCAGCCGAACAGCCAGGAACGCAUUUUUGGCAUUCACAUAGUGGUGUUCAAAGGGCCGACGGAGCUUACGGAAGCUUAAUAGUCCGGCAACCCGCCGAAGAUGAUCCCCACAGCCUGCUUUUCGAUCACGAUUUAAGCGAACAUGAGGUCGUGCUCAUCGACUGGGACGCCAACAUCGCCAUGAAAACGUUCGUGUCCCAUCACCACAGCUCCGGAGACAACAAACCAGCCACCUUGCUGAUCAACGGGUACGGAUUUCCGCUGAACACGCCCGAAUGGCAUGUAAUCGGAGAGCAGUUAAAUAUUACUGCAAGAUUUUAUGUCGAACAGGGACAAAGAUAUCGGUUUAGAUUAAUAAAUGCUGGUUUUCUGAAUUGCCCUAUAGAAAUGUCAAUUGACAACCACACUUUGACUGUUAUUAGCAGCGACGGAUCGGAUUUUAAGGCUAUCGAUGCAACAUCACUUGUCACUUACGCUGGGGAGCGAUUUGAUUUUGUUUUAAAUGCCAACCAACCGGAAGGGCUUUACUGGAUAAGAUUUCGGGGAUUAAUGGACUGCGAUGAGCGCUUCACCAGGGCCCACCAGGUUGCCGUUCUUCACUACAAAGAAGCUAAUGUCACAGCUUUAGCCUACCCUGACGGAGACCCUAACUAUGAUAAUUCGCACAACGAAGGAGUGCAAGUAAACUCUCUAAACAAAGGCACAGAAGAAAACAUCACCCAGUAUGUUGCGGUCCCGCAUUUCGAAUCUUUAAAGCCUUGGGAUGAAAGUUUGAGCAGCAAACCCGAUUAUCAGUUCUAUGUCGCCUACGACUUUUAUAAGCUAAACAACCCACAUUUUUACAAAGUGCCGGAAUACGGGUUUUACAAUGUAAGUGUUCCGAAUAGAGUUCUGACGCCUCAAAUCAAUCAUAUAUCGUUGAAGUUCCCCAAUUCUCCAAUAAUGCCUCAAAGAGACCAAUUUGAUGAUACGAUGUUCUGUAAUUCAUCGACUGUGUCGAAUUGUGAUACUGAAUUUUGUGAAUGUCUUCAUGUUAUGCAGGCACAUUUAGGGUCCAUAGUGGAAAUGGUCCUGGUGGACGAAGGCUUCGCGUACGACGCAAACCACCCGCUGCAUUUGCACGGCUACGGCUUCCGCGUGGUAGCCAUGGAACGUCUGGGCAAAAACAUCACAGUGGCGGAGGUACAGGAGCGCGACCGCUUGGGGUUGAUCAAACGCAACCUGCUCACGCCCCCAGUCAAGGAUACCAUUACCGUGCCCGAUGGCGGUUACACGAUCAUACGAUUUAAAGCGGACAAUCCAGGUUACUGGUUAUUCCACUGUCACAUCGAAUUCCACGUAGAGCUGGGAAUGGCGUUGGUGUUAAAAGUGGGAGAAAACAAGGACAUGGCUCCUGUUCCGAAGAACUUUCCCCGCUGUGGGGAUUACUACCCCAGUGAAGAAUCAACUAACGUUGCCACCACUGCCAAAUUUUCAUUUAACAAUUUUACACUUUGCAUUUUAGUUUAUAUUUUGAAAGUAUUUAUAGGAAUGAUUUAUUAA